GCCGAUCUUUCCUUCCUCCGCUGUCACAACUCCAUGUCACUGCGGCCAAACAAUCCCUUUCCUUUCCUCUCAAUUCUCUCCAUUCCCAAGCAAAAGCGCCAUUCUCUCCUUUAUAUCAUCACCUCCACAAACUUGAUGUUAAUCCCACAACCUUCCACGUUCGUUUUUCUAUCGUUUCAGUUCAAUUUCGUCUUCGAUUCGUCCGGAAAUGGAGUCUCAGAAACCUGAAGCCUCGACCCAAUUGAUUCCGUUGAAGUACUCGAACAGGGUAACGUUGAAAACCAUAUUUGAAUGCGGCAAACACGGUCUGGGAUUGGUUGGUCAGAGAGUGGUGAUUGGAGGAUGGGUGAGAAAUUCUAAGGAGGAGAGGAAAGAGCCUGCGGCAUCUCCAUCGUCGCCUGAUGACAAGGAUGCAGAGAGUGGUCGUAAAGACGUGAGCUGUGGGGAGAUUUUGCAAUCUCGAAUUCCGUUUUUCAGGACUAUCAUCAAGGUUCUCGCCGGUUCCGCCAGACAAUCUGUUGUACGUGAAAAACUGGAGUCCCUGAUUCCUAUGCCACCUCCUUCUUCGGUUUUGUUUUUGCAAGUUGGUGAUGGUUCUUGCACUGAAAGCCUUCAGGUUGUGGUAGAUUCUGCUACUGUUUUUGUUCCCAUCGGCCAGCUUCUGCCAACUGGAACAUGCAUAUUAGCAGAAGGUGUUCUACAAACACCUUUAAAAACACAUUUUGGAAAGGAAGAACAAGCUAUUGAGCUUACUGUAGAGCAAAUUCUUCAUGUCGGGACUGUAGAGCAGGACAAGUAUCCGUUGUCUCAAAAACGAUUACCACUCGAUAGUUUGAGGGGUUGGUCCCAUUUUCGACCUCGGACAACGACAGUGGCAUCAAUUACCCGAAUACGUAGUGCCUUGACUUUUGCAACCCAUACAUUCUUCCAGAACCAAGGGUUUUUGCAUGUGGAAGCACCCAUUAUCACAAUCACAGACUGUGAAGGAUUUAGUGACAAGUUCCAGGUUACAACCCUUUUGCAAAGGACAAUCACGGAGGAGCCUAUUGCUCUUAAUGAAACUCAAGGUAUUAGCCUUGAAACUGUUAAGGUAGCUAUUAAUGAGAAAACUAAUCUUGUUGAACAACUCAAGAGAAGUGAAAGCAAUCGGGAAGCAUUGGCUGCUGCAGUUAAGGAUCUAAAGAAAACAAAUGAACUUGCUCAACAGCUAGAAGCAAGAGAAAAGUCAAAACCAGGAACUGCAGAAAAGGGUUAUAUAGUUAACUUCAAUGAAGAUUUCUUCAGACGUCAAACUUAUUUGUCUGUUUCUGGUCGCCUUCAUUUGGAGAGCUAUGCAUGUUCCCUUGGACAUGUUUACUCAUUUGGACCCAGAUUUCGUGCUGAUAAAGAGUUUUCUUCAAAGCAUGUAGCAGAGAUGUGGUUUGUUGAGAUUGAAAUGGCUUUUUCACAAUUAGAGGAUGCUAUAACAUGCGCGGAUGACUACUUCAAAUAUCUAUGCAAAUGCAUAUUGGAAAAAUGUUCAACAGAUUUGAACUUUUUAACAAAACGAAUUGAUAGGACCAUGUUCAAUCGUCUUCAAUCUCUGGUGGAAAAGUCUUGUGAAAAAAUCACCUAUACAGAAGCAGUGGAUAGGUUGAGAAAUGUUUCAGUUAAAGAAUUUGAAACAAAACUUCAGUGGGGUGUUGCUUUAACGGCAGAACAUUUAAGUUACUUGGCUGAUGAGAUGUAUGCGAAGCCUGUUAUCAUUUACAAUUAUCCAAAAAAAUUGAAACCAUUUUAUGCACGCACGAAUGAUGAUGGAAAAACAGUUGCAGCAUUUGAAAUGGUUCUACCCAAGGUUGGAACACUGAUUACAGGCAGCCAAAAUGAAGAACGCAUCAAUAUGCUAAGUGCAAGGAUCAAGGAAUUCGACCUACCAAAAGAUCAGUACGAAUGGUAUCUAGAUCUACGCAGGCAUGGUACAGUCAAGCACUCUGGAUUCAGCCUAGCAUUUGACCUCAUGGUUCUUCUUAUAACUGGCCUUACAGAUGUUAGAGAUGCAAUCCCAUUCCCAAGAAGUUGUGGCAUGGAGAUCAAUUAAGUAACUCAAAAAAUAGAGAUGUCCUGUGUUCAAACUGCUAUUUGUUUCCAAUGGAAUGAAAAUUGUAUUCAAAUAUUAUAUAUAUAUGGGAAUGCAACUUGAUACAAAUACCUUGUAUCUAGAGAUCAAGUUCUUGAUCCCAAAUGCGAAUUGAUGUAACCACA